GAAGCCUUCAACAUCAGCCGCAGAGGGCAGGAGGAAAACGCAGGCUGCACCCCUAGUCAUGCCAGGGCUGGUGCAGCCCCAGGCCAGCACUUUUCAGCAGGCAAGCAGGCGAGACAGCAGGCAAGACCCAAGCAGGGAAGACUCAAGACAGCAGCAGCCCUUGUCCCUGCCCAAAAAGAAGAGCCUUGCGGACUCUGGGCCAGCGUUCCCAGGUGAGUAGGCAGAACCAGAUCCCUUUUGGGUUCCCCUUGGCCUUAGACUUGGUGUUUACCUCUACGGAUGUUGGUGAUCUGACACUAACUAAAAGCGAAACAAAAGAAGUGCCAUGGUGAGAUCACUUCCUGGUGCAACUGGACUUCUCCGCGACCCUUCCCCUCUGCAGGGAGGUGGGACCGAUUCGGAUGGUCCACCCCCGCUACUUAAUGGAUCCAACUGGUUUCCAGAGAGUGGUAGGGGAUGUUUUAUCCCAAGUUGAUGGCCUCUCAGCUGAUUCCCUGGUGGCCCGUUGGAAUGCGGAGUUAACCAGGGCUAUUGACUGUCUGGCUCCGAAGUGCCCUCUCCGAUUGCAUGGAGCCUGGACAGCCCCCUGGUUUUCCCCGGAGCUGAGGGCAAAUCAUUGAGACAGCUAGAGCGCUGGUGGCGGAAAACUCACUCCGAAUCAGACUGGACACGGGCUAGAGCUCAACGUCGAGCCUACCAAGUGGCAAUGGUGACGGCAUCUGCAGAAAACAGCAGCAGGAGACUUUUUCAGGUGGUUCGCAAUCUAUCAGAACCACUUGCACCACCGGGGCCUGGUAGGAACCCCAAGAUCUCUUGCAAUGCUUUUGCAAAGUUUUUUGCAGAUAAAGUCGCUCAGAUUCAGAAGGAGGUAGACUCCACCGUGGGAGCAGGGCCAGGGCGGGAGAGUGCUAGAGUUCUGUCUAGUCCUGUUACAUGGGAUCAAUUCCAAUCUGUUACCUCCGAGGAUGUGGACAGGCUGCUUGGACAAGUGAAACCGACCACCUGUCUCCUUGAUCCUUGCCCAUCCUGGCUAAUAAAAGCGAGCCAGGAAGGGCUGGGCGAUGGGCUCUGCGGGGUAGUGAAUGCUUCUCUCUGUGAGGGAGCCUUCCCAGACCCACUGAAAGAGGCGGUCAUUAAACCGCUUCUUAAAAAAACAUCUUUAGACCCAGCCAAUUUGGCCAACUAUCGCCCAGUCUCAAAUUUACCAUUCUUGGGCAAGGUGAUUGAGCGGGUGGUUGCCAAACAUCUCCAAGCAUGCCUGGAGGAUGCGGACCAUUUGGAUCCCUUCCAAUUGGGAUUCAGGCCUCACCAUGGGACUGAAACUGCCUUGGUCGCGCUGGUUGAUGAUGUCCAGCGGGCUAGGGACAAAGGUGAGAGCUGUUUCCUAGUUCUGCUGGAUCUCUCAGCGGCCUUUGACACCAUCGACCAUAACAUCCUUCUGCACCGUCUAGAGGGGCUGGGAGCUGGGGGCACUGUCAUACAGUGGUUUCGCUCCUUCCUCCUGGGCCGUGUUCAGAAAGUGGUGGGGGGAGAUGAGUGUUCAGACCCCUGGGCUCUCACUUGUGGGGCACCUCAGGUUUCCGUCCUCUCCCCCAUGCUUUUUAAUAUCUAUAUGAAGCCGCUGGGAGAGAUCAUCAGGGGGUUUGGGCUGGGUGUUCAUCAGUAUGCAGAUGACACCCAGCUCUACCUCUCCUUUAAAUCAGAACCAGUGAAGGCGGUGAAGGUCCUGUGUGAGUGCCUGGAGGCGGUUGGAGGAUGGAUGGUGGCUAACAGAUUGAGGUUGAAUCCUGACAAGACAGAAGUCCUGUUUUGGGGGGACAGGGGGCUGGCGGGUGUGGGGGAUUCCCUGGUCCUGAAUGGGGUAACUGUGCCCCUGAAGGACCAGGUGCGCAGCCUGGGAGUCACUUUGGACUCACAGCUGUCCAUGGAGGCGCAGGUUAAUUCUGUGUCCAGGUCAGCUGUCUACCAGCUCCACCUGGUACGCAGGCUGAGACCCUACCUGCCUGCGGAUUGUCUCACUAGAGUGGUGUAUGCUCUAGCACACAGACCUAGUGGUGGGAGGAAAAAAUCCUUAAAUAAGAGUCACGGGGGAAUGAUUAAUGGACUUCAAUGUCUGUACACUAAUGCGCAAAGCAUGGGAAAUAAACAAGAUGAGCUUGAGCUCUUGGUACAGCAAACUAAAUAUGACAUAAUAGGCAUCACUGAAACCUGGUGGGAUAAGUCCCACGAUUGGAAUGUAAUAAUGGGAGGAUACAAUCUAUUUCAGAGAAACAGACCAGACAAGAAAGGAGGAGGAGUGGCGUUAUAUGUCAGGGAUGUGUAUACCUGUGAAGAGAUCCAAGAUUUAGAACCUCAAAGCCAAAGUGAGAGCAUUUGGGUCAAAAUUAAGGGAGAAAAGAAUAACAGGGACCUCAUUGUGGGAGUUUACUAUAGAUCCCCAAGCCAAACGGAGGACAUAGAUGAUGCCUUCCUGGAACAGAUGGCCAAGAAUGCAAAAGGAAGGGAGAUAGUAGUAAUGGGGGACUUCAAUUACCCAGAUAUUUGUUGGAUGUCAAACUCAGCCAAGAGCAUAAGGUCAAACAGAUUCCUCACUGGCCUUGCAGACAACUUCAUUGUCCAGAAAGUGGGAGAAGCAACAAGAGGAACAGCCAUUUUAGAUCUGGUCCUAACCAAUGUUGAUGACCUGGUUAGUGGGGUAGAAGUGGAAGGAUCAUUAGGCGCGAGUGAUCAUGCUCUUCUGAAGUUUACUAUACAGCGGAAAGGAGCAGCCAAGCAUACUAGGACUCAAUUUCUUGACUUUAAGAAAGCUGACUUCAUAAAACUUAGGGAAGUGCUGGGUGAGAUCCCAUGGACAGUAAUACUAAAAGGAAAGGGAGUUCAUGAUGGCUGGGAGUUUGUUAAGAGGGAGAUACUAAAAGCACAACGUCAGGCAAUACCAAUGAGACAGAAACAUGGAAGGUGCCUAAGAAGCCAGGGUGGCUAUCUAAAGAACUUUUAACUGAGUUAAGAUUAAAAAGGAUGUGUACAAAAAUGGAAAAGGGGGAAACCACCAAAGAGGAAUUCAAACAAAUAGCCAGCACGUGUAGACACAAAGUCAGAAAAGCUAAAGCACAGAAUGAACUCAGGCUUGCUAGAGAGGUUAAAAGCAACAAAAAAGGCUUUUAUGGGUAUGUCCGUAGCAAAAGGAAGAACAAAGAAUCGGUGGGGUCACUCAGAGGAGAAGAUGGUGAAAUGCAAACAGGGGACACAGAAAGGGCUGAACUCCUCAAUGCCUUCUUUGCCUCAGUCUUCUCCGAUAAAGAAAACAAUGCCCGACCUGAAGAAUUUGGAGCAAAUGAUUCAGCAAAGGAAACACAGCCCAGAAUAACUAAGGAGAUAGUACAAGAAUACUUGGCUAGUUUAGAUGUAUUCAAGUCUCCAGGGCCAGAUGAACUGCAUCCAAGAGUAUUAAAAGAACUGGCAGAUGUGAUCUCAGAACCACUGGCAGUCAUCUUUGAGAAUUCCUGGAGAACAGGCGAAGUCCUGGCAGACUGGAGGAGGGCAAAUGUUGUCCCUAUUUUCAAAAAGGGGAAAAGAGAGGACCCAAAUAAUUACCGCCCAGUCAGUCUGACAUCAAUACCAGGGAAGAUUCUGGAGCAGAUCAUUAAGCAAACAGUCUGUGAGCACCUAGAAAGGAAUACUGUGAUCACCAAUAGUCAGCAUGGAUUUCUGAAAAAUAAGUCAUGUCAGACUAACCUGAUCUCGUUUUUGACAGAAUUACAAGCCUGGUAGAUGAAGGGAACGCAGUGGAUGUAGCCUACCUUGAUUUCAGCAAGGCAUUUGACAAGGUGCCUCAUAAUAUUCUUGUAAAGAAGCUGGUAAAAUGCGGUCUUGACUAUGCUACCACUCAGUGGAUUUGUAACUGGCUGACUGACCGAACCCAAAGGGUGCUCAUCAAUGGUUCCUCUUCAUCCUGGAGAAGAGUGACUAGUGGGGUGCCACAGGGUUCUGUCUUGGGCCCGGUCUUAUUCAACAUCUGUAUCAACGACUUGGAUGAUGGACUCAAGGGCAUCCUGAUCAAAUUUGCAGAUGACACCAAACUGGGAGGGGUGGCUAACAGCCCAGAGGACAGGAUCACACUUCAAAACGACCUUGACAGAUUAGAGAACUGGGCCAAAACAAACAAGAUGAAUUUGAACAGGGAGAAAUGUAAAGUAUUGCACUUGGGCAAAAAAAUGAGAGGCACAAAUACAAGAUGGGGACACCUGGCUUGAGAGCAGUACAUGUGAAAAGGAUCUAGGAGUCUUGGUUGACCACAAACUUGACAUGAGCCAACAGUGUGACGCGGCAGCUAAAAAAGCCAAUGCAAUUCUGGGUUGCAUCAAUAGGAGUAUAGCAUCUAGAUCAAGGGAAGUAAUAGUGCCACUGUAUUCUGCUCUGGUCAGACCUCACCUGGAGUAUUGUGUCCAGUUCUGGGCACCACAGUUCAAGAAGGACACUGACAAACUGGAACGUGUCCAGAGGAGGGCAACCAAAAUGGUCAAAGGCCUGGAAACGAUGCCUUAUGAGGAACGGCUAAGAGAGCUGGGCAUGUUUAGCCUGGAGAAGAGGAGGUUAAGGGGUGAUAUGAUAGCCAUGUUCCAAUAUAUAAAAGGAUGUCACAUAGAGGAGGGAGAAAGGUUGUUUUCUGCUGCUCCAGAGAAGCGGACACGGAGCAAUGGAUCCAAACUACAAGAAAGAAGAUUCCACCUAAACAUUAGGAAGAACUUCCUGACAGUAAGAGCUGUUCGACAGUGGAAUUUGCUGCCAAGGAGUGUGGUGGAGUCUCCUUCUUUGGAGGUCUUUAAGCAGAGGCUUGACAACCAUAUGUCAGGAGUGCUCUGAUGGUGUUUCCUGCUUGGCAGGGGGUUGGACUCGAUGGCCCUUGUGGUCUCUUCCAACUCUAUGAUUCUAUGAUUCUAGUUAUCUCCCGCUUGGACUACUGCAACGCGCUCUACGUGGGGCUACCUUUGAAUGUGACCCGGAAACUGGAAUUAAUCCAGGAUGCGGCAGCUAGACUGAUGACUGGGAGCGGCCGCCGGCACCACAUGAAACCGGUUCUGAGAGAUCUGCAUUGGCUCCCAGUACGUUUCCGAGCACAAUUCAAAGUGUUGGUGCUGACCUUGAAAGCCCCAAACGGCCUCGGUCCUGUAUACCUGAAGGAGCGUCUCCACCCCCAUCGUUCAGCCCGGACACUGAGAUCCAGCACCGAGGGCCUUCUGGUGGUUCCCUCAUUGCAAGAAGUAAGGUUACAGGGAACCAGACAGAGGGCCUUCUCGGUAGUGGCACCUGCCCUGUGGAACGCCCUCCCUUCAGAUGUGAAGGAAAUAAGCAGCUAUCCUAUCUUUAAAAGACAUCUGAAGGCAGCCCUGUUUAGGGAAGUUUUUAACAUUUAACGCUGUAUUGUUUUUAAUACUUGAUUGGGAGCUGCCCAGAGUGGCUGGGGAAACUCAGCAAGAUGGGCGGGGUAUAAAUAAUAAAUAAUAAUAAUAAUAAUAAUAAUGAUACAAGGCCGGGGUCUCUCCUGGUUUCCUUGAUGUCUGGGUUCAAGCCUGUUCUAGGUUCCCCCCUCUGAGGGAUCCUGAGCUGUCCCUGCCUUGGACUCUGUCACUCUGGACCGUGGUCCCCAGCACCAAGUUCCUCUUCCUCCUCAACGUCUGAGUCAUAGAACUGCUGUGGAAUCACAUCUGGAUUAGCGUGCAGACGCUUCCAACCGGCUUGCUCACAGAACUCAGCGCUAUUGCUGAUAACCAACCUAGACUGGUCUCCUCUUGGGUACGCAAACCGCCGGGCCUUUGAGCCAGGCUCAUACCCUACAAAGAUCAUUCUUUUAGAUCUUGGCUCACCUUUCUUGCGUAGAGCCUUUGGAAUAAGCACCCAAGCCUCACAACCAAACACACGAAGGUAGUGUACCUUAGGCUUCUUUCCAUGCAGUAAGAAAUACGGUGUAUUUCCUACACUAGAGUUGUACACUCUAUUCUGCGUAUGGACCACAAAUCUCCAAGCUUCGGACCAAUAUUUCUGGGGUAGCCCUGCGUCCCACAGGAUCACAGACACAGCUUCCUGCACCGUCCUGUUCUUUCUCUCUGCCGGCCCAUUCUGUUGCGGAGAGUAAGGAGCAGUCAGUCUGUGGCUAAUCCCCUUCUCCCUAAAGAAAUCCUGUAAAGCAGAACCAGUGAAUUCAGAACCUCUGUCACUUUCACUCAGCUCACAGCAUUCCAAGCUGCUUUCGUCACGUCCUGGCUUACUUCCCUUGUAAGCGCCUCCUCUCAGCCUCGAGACACAGAAGGUUAACCCUUCACUACACCCAACAUGGGUUCGCCCAUUAAAUUUGCACCCUUGUGUCAGCUCUGGUGCUUUCUGGAGAUAUCCCCAAUUCAAAUGGGUGAAGCGUCGGUGCCAAAUAUGUGAACAACCAUGGUGGGGCGCUACAUUCACACAUUGGCCCUUCGCAUCUUCGGUGUCAUCCUCUCCUGUGGAAAAAGGCACAUUUACAGCAAACAAAUUAUCUUUAGACUGCACUGUGUACACAAAGCCCCCCCCCCCCGUUAAGAGGCGUAUAACAUGGAGCAUGGACUUCCGGGUGGCUGCCCCUGUUCUGCAUUGCUGGGGUUGGACUAGGUGACCCCGCAGGUCCCUUCAGACGCUACAGUUCUAUGAUCCCUGUUCAAUUAUGGCAUGCACCCGCUCAUUGCAACAGGCAAGAAGCACCCUGAGAAAGAACUUGCCGUCUUUUCUCGUGUAUAAGACGAGGUUUUUUACCCCCCAAAUCAAGUGUCAAACUGGGGCUCCUCUUCUACAUAGGUAGUGCUGAGGGGGGACGGUGUGACGUUAACAUAUAUGAGAGAGUGCUGAAGGGGAAAUAGUUAAAUAGGUUGCACAGACAGGACCCAGGGGGAUGGAGUCAGUGGGUCUAUAAAACUAGUUCUGGGAGGAGUUCUGAGAGGAGUUCGUUGGGAGUUGUGGGUGGGUAGUUGGUUGGAUUUCAUGGGUUGGCUGGUUGGGAAAGGCAGUUGGUAAUAGAGAGACAGUUAGGGCAAUUGGUCCUCGAGUGUGGGGAGGUAGCAGAGAUAGAGAGAGGAACAUAAGACUAAGAAAGUAAAGAGGAACACCGUUUGGAAUGCUGCAAAAGUUUUGUUUUAUCUCUGAAAUAAAAUACACUCUUCUUUAUUGGUAAUUGAAAAGCUGACUGAGACUGAAGUGAUUUUACCAGGGAGGACCUGGUUGGUGGCAGCGGAUUAGUGGUGUACGGGUCAAUAAUCCGUGAGAUAACCGGGUGCUCUGUACGAACACCACAGACGGGCGCUUGGUUGUAGCCACCAGGAGGAGAUUCCCAGCCAUGAUUUCUUUGCUGUGGAAAGGGCUGUUGUCGACUGGCAGAUGAUAGGUGACUUGGUGGUUGAUGCCUGCAAUUGUGCAAUUUGAUUAAUGGCUCCCCCCCCCCAAAAAAAAGCUCAACAACUCUGGGCAACCCCUCCCCAAAAAAGCUUAACAAGUCUUGGCAAUCUGCCCCCAUUUUCUAAAUUUUGAGUGCCCAAAAAUAGGGGGGGUCUUAUACAUGGGAGCGUGUUAUACAUGGAAAAAUACUGAUACAGAUACCUUUCCCUCUCAUCCGCCUCAUUUACUCACCUCUCUCUCUCUCUCUCUCUCUCUCUUUCUUUCUGAAGAACUCUCUGAUGAAAACUUAGAGUACUUGUUGGUGGGUAAGAAAAUGCUGGGAGGAAGAACUGUCAGAGAAGCUUUGGAGAUGAUGGAUGAAACGGAGAUUUUGGACACCAUCUUCCAACACCUCCAGCCAGCUCCCCAG